GUUCGUCUGAUGAACUCCACCUAGUCCCGCCGCCGCCUCGGUAGUCCCAUCGCUGCGGCCGUAGCAGGCCACUCUGGUGUAGGAAUUCGAGCUUGCCGUCGUCUCCACCGCAGCCGGGAGCGGUGUCGAUUCCUACGAUGCCCAGACGACGCGCCGGCUCGCCGCCGACUCCCCACAAUCCGACGCGGCGGCGGCAGAGUCUCACCCCCAUCCGGAACCCCGAACCGGCAAUCGAGAUGGAUGUUUCUCUGCUGCAAGAGAGCGGCGAAGACAGAGCUCAAAUAUCCUCUAGGCCUCCAGCAGGAAUAGCUCUGGCUCCGGCGGCAGCGGCGGCUCGAGCGGCGCUUGCCAGCAAUUCCCAUGUUUCCUUGCUAGCAGGUUUGUUCCCUGAAACUGAACUGUCUGAUGAGGAGGAACUUCAGCAUUCGGUGGUACCUAGUCCCCAAGAGGCAGUGCCACAACCACCACAAUUCCCAGCACAACACAUCAUUGUUCCGAGGAGAGUUGAUGAGAAGGGGAAAGAGCCUGAGGAGGCUUCCAAACAAAUAUGUGGGAUCUGUCUCUCAGAGGAGCAGAGAACCACAUUACAGGGUUUGCUUAAUUGCUGCUCACAUUACUUCUGCUUCACAUGCAUCCUGGAGUGGUCAAAGGCGGAGUCGAGGUGCCCAGUGUGUAAAAGGCGUUUCAACACAAUUACAGUGGCAGAUGAAGGAUCAGGGCUGAGGAGUACUGCUAUUAGGGUACAAAAACGUGAUCAGGUAUACCAGCCCAGUGAAGAAGAAAUGGAUCCAUAUGAAAAUACUAUAUGCAUUGAGUGCAAUCAAAGUGGUGAGGACAAUCUCAUGUUGCAGUGUGAUGUAUGUGAGUCCUCUGCACAUACUUUUUGUGUUGGUUUGGGAAGAGAAGUACCAGAAGAGAGCUGGUCUUGUGGUGGGUGUAGAUUCACUGUGGAGGGGCCUUCUUAUGCACAAACACAGGAUCAGGUGGUUAACCAUGGAGAAAGUAAUAUGAACACUGCUGACACCAGUUCUAGUUCGUUUGGCAGAUCUGUAUUGAAUGGGGUAUCCCAGAGACCACCUCCACCACUAAACAUCCACCAGCCUUCUUUGCAAGGGUUUGAUCUGAAUCUCUCUCCAAUAGAAACCCCUGACGAAGAUAAGCGGGCUGAGUCGCAUAUCUCAGUUGAACCUGCAUUAAUCCCUACUGUGAGAUACUCUACUCUGGAUAGGAGGCGUGCCUUGAACCGGCGUAUUCACACUCUUCUGUCUAGACGUAGGGCUGCAACUCAUGCGUUGCAGAACGGUGUUGAAAAUUUCCGAGAAGUAGCAAAUGCCAAGGACCAGCUGAUUCCUUUUGUCAAGAAGAGCAUCAAGGACAUCUGUGCUCAGUCUCCACUGGAUGAAACUGCUUUCAUGAAUGUAGCACGGCGGGCAACAAACACUAUCUUGGCGUUGUCUGGGAUUGAGCACAACAGGGAUAGGGUUGUUGCUACACCUUUUCCUUUUCCUAGCCAUUGCUGCCAUGCCUGUGAUGGCCGAGAACCAGCAUUUCUCAUGAGAAGUAUCUGCUCAGCAUGCUUCAACUCUUUUGUGGGCAAGGUCGUCGGUCACAUCGCAAAUAUGUUUUCCUGAAGUUGAUGGUGCUGGAGAUCCCUGACGAGAAGUGUUUUGAGAGGCUCGUGGAAUAAUUUUGUAAGUAGUUUGAACUGGCGCGCGAUCUGCAUCCGAAAUUUGCUGGUAUCCAGUAUUGCGAGAUCUGCCUGUCAUACUGGUGCCUGAGUACUUGCUCGGGUGCAGCCGUUCAGCCUGCCAAUUGGGCAGAUCUUUCAAAGCCCAAUCUUCGGAAGGACUUGGAUAUCUAUGUGGAAUUUUAUUCGAUGCCCGUGUUUUUGAAGUGUUUGCUGUGGUUUGAGCUUUCCCCUUUUAGUUGCUUAGUAGUAGCAUCUGAUCCAGGUGCAUCAAAAAGGUUUUGCACCUGGCAUCCCAAGCCCGGCUGCGUCAGGAAGGGAUAAAGCAAUUCCUAGCACAAAGGAAGAGAAUACAUAUUCCUUCUCUGUUAGG